UUCUAUUUCCAUCUGACUCUGACAUUUCGAUUUUCGACCUUCGUAAAAUUCUGCGUGAUUGCAAAUCACGAAAAUAUUAGGAUAGUUUAUGUGUAGAAAAUUUAGUGUACAAAAUCGAAAAUGUCGUUAUUUAGUGAUAUAUUACCCUUGAAUAAAAAUGAAGAGAAGAAACAGGCUCAGGCAAGCGCGAAUCUUUCGCCAUACUUAAACUUUGACCCUAACUACAUACCGAAAAUGCAGCCAGAGUUCCUUUACCCUGAUGAAAGCCACAUGUCCUCGACCGCCAGACGGUCUAACGUAGCCCUACCUAUCAUUGGAAUGUCUUUUAUGACAGGAUCAGGUCUCGGAGGUAUGACAGGUCUGUACAAAGGUUUGAGAGCAACAACUCUUGCUGGACAAACAGGCAAAGUACGGAGAACACAGCUAAUAAACUAUGUUAUGAAACAGGGCACAACAACUGGCUGCACUUUAGGUAUUAUUGCAUCAUUCUACUCGACCCUCGCCCUUGGUGUCACAUGGAUUCGUGAUAAGGAAGACACUGCAAACACAUUCAUAGCCGCAGCUGCGACAGGUGUCCUAUACAAAAGCACGUCUGGCCUCCGCUCAAUGGGCCUAGGUGCUGCUGCCGGUCUCACAUUAGCAGGAAUAUAUACCCUUGUCACAGACAACGAUAACAUAUGGAGUAAAGCUAGAUAUAUAAGAAUGUGAAACCGCCUAAUGCUAUGUACACAUCUUUCAUACUACACCACAGUGUUAGUAAAAUCUGCCUAAUUCUUACAUAAGCUCUUCUACCUUUUUUUUUUAUUGCUGUCCCAUUGCUUAGAUCUGCUUUACUUUUACUUACACUCUGUAAGUAUUCAUAAAACAAAGUGAAUUUUAGUUUGAUGUUUUCUGUAUUUUUUGGUAUAGUAAUUUUCUGUAACUAAUAAUAACAAAUAAGUGAGAUCCUUUAAAACAAGUAACCCUUGUGUAUUUAUCUUUUAAUAAUUUGCAACAAUUUUUUUUUGUUGAUUGUAAGUAUCAAAUCCUAGUAUCAUUUGCUCAAUCUGUUAUUACAGGAAACAUUAAUAAUUAAUAUUAGCAUUGUGGUGCAGUCUGUAAAAUGUACAUAAGCCCUUAGUUAUAUGUAAAUAAUAGACUGUUAUUUUUAGUUGUUACAUUUUAAUGCAAUCAGCACCAAAGGAUCUGUAAGUGUUCAAGACUUGUUUAUGCCAUGUCCACACUUUAGUCUAGCAUGUGUUGAACAAAUCCUGCUCACGGUUUUGAGCCCCAUAUCGGAACAGGAUAAGCACAAUUAUGUCUAAGCCAUUAAUAAAACAAUAUAUUUGGAAAAGUAA